AGUUGUGCGCUGACAGCGAAAGCAGCUGAUUGAGAUUGUUUUAUAAAACGAGCUUAUAAUUGCCGGGUGCAAAAUUGAGUUUUAAUAAAAAUGCAAAAGAAGCGAGUUCGCGUGAAUAAUAUAUUGGAUAAAUUGCAUCGCGGUGUAGUAUAUACCUGUAUCGGUGUCACACUAUAUGGAACAUUCCUACUAGGGAUGCGAGUGCAUCGAUACCUGACGGUUGUACGGCCCCAGCGGCAGGCGGAGCAGCUAAAAAUGAUUGAGGAGGAAGGAGUUGAUAAAGCUAAAACCAUAACAACAUAGAAUUAUUUUUAAAUAAGUUCAUAAAAUGCUAAUAGUUGUAUUUGUUAAAUAAAUGUUGUAAAAAAUCAUCCCAAUCGCAAACACCAUUUCUUUACGGCAAAUAUAGUGCAGGCACAUAUUGACCAACAAUGUAUUCGGGUUUUAGAUGAUGUAAUAACUCGGUUACUUUUAAAUAUUUAUUCAAAUUACUAUAAAUUAGUAAAUACUCCUUCAUCAGACAAAUACAUAUCUUUUAUAUAUCAGUAAAACAUUGUGAAAAGGUAGUAUUGUGUUUAAAUAAUUUUAAAUACUCAUAAAUAAUAGAUACGAAUAAACACUACAUAAUGUAAUAGAUUAGGUCGACUGUCGGCAUGCAUUCAGCAGAAAUUUGACGAUUCUAUGUUUCUUUUGUGCCUGACAUUCACAGUUUGACAUUUGCCGUUUGCUGCUCGAUUCGUUCAGAAGAGUUUUUUUCGUUGCUUUUCUCUUUUUACUUUCUUUCGCAUUUCAUUGACGAAUAAAUUGCCAUCGUUGCGAAAAUGUCGGGCUUAAAUUUAACCGUACGCGUGCAUCCUGUGGUGCUUUUCCAAGUUGUGGAUGCUUACGAGCGCCGCAAUGCAGACUCACAUCGUGUUAUUGGCACUUUACUUGGUUCCGUCGAUAAGGGCGUCGUUGAGGUCACAAAUUGCUUCUGUGUGCCACAUAAGGAACACGAUGAUCAAGUAGAGGCUGAGCUAAGUUAUGCAUUGGAUUUGUAUGAUCUAAAUCGCAAAGUUAACCCCAAUGAAAAUGUUGUCGGUUGGUGGGCAACUGGCAACGAUGUCACUAACCACAGCUCAGUAAUACACGAAUAUUAUGCGCGCGAGUGUAACAAUCCCGUUCAUUUGACUGUCGAUACAUCAUUACAAGGUGGUCGUAUGGGUUUGCGUGCUUAUGUUUGUAUACAACUGGGUGUGCCCGGUGGCAAAACAGGUUGCAUGUUCACACCAAUACCCGUUGAAGUGACCUGCUACGAACCAGAAACUUUUGGUCUCAAACUGUUGCAGAAAACCGUUGGUGUAGCACCAUCACAUCGCUCGAAAACUGUCUCACCCAUGCUAGACUUGGCACAAAUCUCUGAGGCAUCUAACAAAUUGCAAGGCUUACUCGAACUCAUACUCAAGUAUGUAGAGGAUGUCAUUGCACAUAAGCAACCGCCAGAUAAUGCUGUGGGACGUCAGCUGCUCGACCUCAUAAAUUCCGUGCCACACAUGUCACAUGAACAAUUCACACAGAUGUUCAACGCCAACGUACGUGACCUGCUAAUGGUUAUCACAUUGUCGCAACUGAUCAAAACACAAUUACAAUUGAACGAGAAAUUGACUUUCCUGCCAACAAAUUAAAAGUAAACAAAACAAGAAUUAAAAAAAUAGUUUUAAAUUUGUAAUCACAUAAUUUUGGUCGCGGCAGGGAGUUGUAAAGGAAAGUAAGUGCGCGCAGAAAUAAAACAAAGGUUUAACAAUGAUGGAACAUAGAAAUGUUAGUAAAAUAUUUAAAUAUAUUUGUAUGCUGCGUGCAAGAAGGAAAAAA